AAAUGAAACGGUGGAUUCUUUGUUCUGUUCUUCUCUGUUUUUGCAUUGUCAAUGUAAAAGCUGUAUUUAAUAUUGAUAAUGAUGAAUCCUGCGAGUCCGAGGAGCAAGAGAAGCAGAAAGUCAAGUGCCCAAAGCAUUACAAGGGAUACUUCCGUGCUCCAACUGCUACCAACAAUAUGACAAAGAUGUGGUGUCUCCGUGUGGUUACUGUAAAUGUUUCAGUGUCAGAAGCGGCUGCUCAGGAAGCUUGUAAUAGAGAAGGAUCCGUGCUCUCUACUUUUGCCUGUUAUGAUGAGCAGAAGCAUAUCGUUAGACACGCAUCAAAAUAUUUCCGCCGCAACAACAUCACUCAAGGAGCCAUCUGGCUUGACGGUGUUCGAAUUGAGAAGUGCAGAACUCUGAACGUCACCCAACAAAUCGCUGCUCCGUGCAAUGAUAAGACCAAAGUUUUCGAUAUCACUGAUCCAAGAACUGACCCAAAAUACGCAUGGACUCAAUGGUACAGAACUGCUCCGUCAUGGGCAUAUUGGCCACUUCGUGCCGAGGAAUACAGUACAUAUUGUGACAUGGCUGUUCCUCCAUACUCUUUCGAGAAGGAACUCUCAACUAAUUAUGGAUAUGUUUGUGGUCGGCCACCAGUUUUGAGCUUCUACUAACUGUAAAUUGUUUGAUUUAUUUUAUUCCGGAAAAUAAAAUUUC